GCGACCGCGUCUUCGUACGGUCGCCCGGGCACGUACGGCCAGGGCGGUUGGUCGGUGGGGUUGUGGAGGCGACGCGGCCUGAGACUGGUGGGGCCUGCGCAGGACAGUCCCGGACAGACCAUGGAUGGCUCCUUCAUCCAGCACAGUGUGAGGGUUCUGCAGGAGCUCAACAAGCAGCGGGAGAAGGGCCAGUACUGCGACGCCACCCUGGACGUAGGGGGCUUGGUGUUCAAGGCGCACUGGAGCGUCCUUGCCUGCUGCAGCCACUUCUUCCAGAGCCUCUACGGGGAUGGCUCGGGGGGUAGUGUUGUCCUCCCUGCGGGCUUCGCGGAGAUCUUUGGCCUCCUGUUGGACUUUUUCUACACUGGUCACCUUGCCCUCACUUCAGGGAACUGGGAUCAGGUGCUCCUGGCAGCCAGGGAAUUGCGAGUACCAGAGGCUGUGGAGCUGUGCCAGAGCUUCAAGGCCAAAACCGCCGUGGGACAGGCACCAAGUGGCCAGAGUGGGCUGGGGAAACCUGCUCCCCAGGACGUGGACAACAACCUUAAGGAGCAGGCAGGCUUGGAGGAAGAGGAACUUUCAAGGACCCUGGGUCAGGCCCCUAGGGAUCAGGAGCCCAGUGGCAGUCCCAGCCCCCAGAGGCCCCAGCUUGGUCUCCCUGCUCAGAGCGCGAGCCCCUUCUUCCUCCGUGGGAAACUCAAGCAGGCCCUGAAGCUUUGUUCCCCAGAGGACAAGGAGCCUGAGGAUUGCAAAAUGCCCCCAAGGCCCUUCGAGGCUGAAGGUGCCCAGCUGCAGGGUGGGAGUAAUGAGUGGGAAGUGGUGGUUCAAGUUGAAGACGAUGGGGAUGGCGAUUAUGUUUCUGAGACUGAGACUGUGCCGGCCAGGAGGAAAUCAAACGUAGUCAGAAAGCCCUGUGCUGCCGAACCAGCCCUGAGCACAGGUGCCAUAGCAGCUGAGCCCACUGAGAACAGAAAAGGUCCAGCAGUGCCGGUUGAAUGCCCUACAUGUCAUAAAAAAUUCCUCAGCAAAUACUAUCUAAAAGUCCACAACAGAAAACACACCGGGGAGAAACCCUUUGAGUGCCCCAAAUGUGGCAAAUGUUACUUUCGGAAGGAGAACCUCCUGGAGCAUGAAGCCCGGAACUGCAUGAACCGCUCAGAACAGGUCUUCACGUGCUCUGUGUGCCAGGAGGCCUUCCGCCGGAGGAUGGAGCUGCGAGUGCACACGGUGUCCCACACAGGGGAGAUGCCCUACAAGUGUUCCUCCUGCUCCCAGCAGUUCAUGCAGAAGAAGGACUUGCAGAGCCACAUGAUCAAGCUGCACGGAGCCCCCAAGCCCCAUGCCUGUCCCACCUGUGCCAAGUGCUUCCUGUCCCGAACAGAACUCCAGCUGCACGAAGCUUUCAAGCACCGUGGGGAGAAGCUGUUUGUGUGUGAGGAGUGUGGGCACCGGGCCUCAAGCCGAAAUGGCCUGCAGAUGCACAUCAAGGCCAAGCACAGGAACGAGAGGCCGUACGUCUGUGAGUUCUGCAGCCAUGCCUUCACCCAGAAGGCCAACCUCAACAUGCACCUGCGCACGCACACCGGCGAGAAGCCCUUCCAGUGCCACCUCUGUGGCAAGACCUUCCGCACCCAAGCCAGCCUGGACAAGCACAACCGCACCCACACUGGCGAGAGGCCCUUCAGCUGUGAGUUCUGUGAGCAGCGCUUCACGGAGAAGGGGCCCUUGCUGAGGCAUGUGGCUAGCCGCCACCAGGAGGGCCGGCCUCACUUCUGCCAGAUCUGUGGGAAGACCUUCAAAGCGGUGGAGCAGCUCCGUGUGCACGUCAGAAGGCACAAGGGGGUUAGGAAGUUCGAGUGCACAGAAUGUGGCUACAAGUUCACCCGGCAGGCCCACCUGCGGAGGCACAUGGAGAUCCACGACCGGGUGGAGAACUACAAUCCGCGGCAGCGCAAACUCCGGAACCUGGUCAUUGAGGACGAGAAGAUGGUGGUGGUGGCGCUCCAGCCGCCUGCUGAGCUGGAGGUGGGCUCUGCCGAGGUCAUCGUAGAGUCCCUGGCCCAGGGCGGCCUGGCCUCCCAGCUCCCUGGCCAGAGACUGUGUGCGGAGGAGAGCUUUGCAAGCCCGGGUGUCAUGGAGCCCUCACUCAUCAUCACAGCUGCCAUCCCUGAGGACUGUGACACAUAGCCCACCCUGCCCACCACAGCUUCCUUGGCUCCAGCCCCCAGUAAACAUGGCUUUGGACUUGUU